AACAGACCAAACAUUAUGGAGAGUAAAAAAGGAUGAAGAAAAAGAGCAACCUUGUGAUUCACGAGAUAACGCAAACAUCAUUAUUGUCUAUUGUCAUACAAAAAAAAAAUAUCUCUCUUUUUCUAGUUUAUGUGUCUACAAAUCUUGCAGACUUAAAUCUAUCUCUCUAUCUCUGUCUCUGCUCUGUUUUCUCUGCUUUGUAGAUUUCUCUAUGUCCGCUUGUUGUUAUCUUCUACGAAGGAAUACAAAUAAUGGGUUGUUCUAGCUCGAGAACCAUUGCAGAGGGGAAAAAAGAAAAGAUUCGAAGGCCAAAAACAUGGAAACAUCCUCAACCGAUAUCAAGAGCUGAGCUCACGCAGAUGCGAGAGGAGUUCUGGGACACAGCUCCUCACUAUGGAGGCAAGAAAGAGAUAUGGGAUGCGUUACGAGCUGCAGCAGAAGAGGAAGAUUUAUCGCUUGCACAAACCAUAAUUGAGAGUGCCGGUGUGAUUGUUCAGAACACUGACCUCACCAUUUGUUACGACGAGAAAGGUUCCAAGUACGAACUGCCUAAAUACGUUCUCAGGGAUCCUUCAAACUUGAUCCGAACCAAAUAGAGAGAUUCAAGAAAAGUAACAAGUAAAGAACGAGAAAAAGCUCGCUUUGUGUAUGUCUUCUAAAGGAUCUUGUGUGUUUAAAUUUGCUACGUUUUUUCUUGUUUGGAUAUUGCAAUCUAUCUGUGACUCUGCGUUAGGUAUGUGAAAAUCUGCGAGGAGUGAAAUGGAUUACAAAGGUGCAUAAAUUUCUUUAUAAUUUUUUUUCAAUAGAGAAGAACCUUUAAUUUGAUCAAUAAAAACCUACCUACGCUCA